AUGAGCAAGAAACACUGGGGAGCGGAGCAGCGGGGAGCAGGGACCCACCUUGGAUGCACGCGGGAAUCUGCUUUCAUCCAUGCCAUCUCUGCCGCCGGCGUUGCCUUUGCUGUGACUCGUGCCUGCAGCCGUGGGGAGCUGGAGAAGUGUGGCUGCGACCGCAAGAUCCGAGGAGUCAGCCCCGAAGGUUUCCAAUGGUCAGGCUGCUCUGAUAACCUGUCUUAUGGGAUUGCCUUUUCUCAAGCCUUCGUAGACAACCCUGAGAGGAGCCGUGGCAUCCUCUCCAGCCGAGCGCUCAUGAACCUGCACAACAACGAGGCUGGGAGGAAGGCUCUCCUGGCCCACAUGAAGGUGGAGUGCAAGUGCCAUGGUGUGUCGGGCUCCUGCGAGGUGCGCACAUGCUGGAAGGUCAUGCCCCCCUUCCGCAGGGCGGGCAACAUCCUCAAGGAAAAGUUCGAGGGGGCAACGGAGGUUCACCCCAAGCGGGUUGGUUCCCGCAAGUGGUGCCCAACCAAGAGCUCUCGCUUCAAGCCCUACACGGCUCACGACCUGGUCUACCUGUUGGCCAGCCCAGACUUCUGCGACCGGGAUCCCCAGCGCGGGGUCUUUGGCACCUCUGGCCGCCAGUGCAACCGGACAUCCCCGGCCAUGGACGGCUGUGAGCUCUUGUGCUGCGGCAGGGACUUCUGCGACCGGGAUCCCCAGCGCGGGGUCUUUGGCACCUCUGGCCGCCAGUGCAACCGGACAUCCCCGGCCAUGGACGGCUGUGAGCUCUUGUGCUGCGGCAGGGGCUUCCCCCCCCCCCCGGCCGAGGGGGGGGAGAGGGGCCGGUGA